AAUUUUCUACAAUAAGUAUUUUUCAAUUUUCAUUUGCACAUUAGGUUUAUUUAUGUUAUUGUCUUCAUAAUCUUAACUGAGUUUUUCUGUUGCUGUCAAUUUUUUUGUGAUCGUUAGAGCAAUAAGUGAUAACCAUGUCCAAUCAAAGGAGUGACAAGGGCCGUGAUGAGAUUAACCUGCGAAACUUGAGACGGAUGGAUGAUUCCAUCAAGGAGAUUCUUUCCACUGCUUCUGCUGUAACUGUUUACCAAUUUGCUAUCGAUGCAAAGAAAUGGAAUAAACUUCCAAUUGAAGGACCAUUACAUGUGGUUAGAAGAUCGAUAUAUCCUCGAACUACUUUAUAUGUCAUGAAUCGGUUAGAAACCAGUAAUUUGAUUCUGCCCAUUACUAAGGAAACUGACGUUAAAGUUGAAUUACCAUAUUUAAUGUUGAAGAAUCUUGAAAGAGGAAUUUUCUGCAUUUGGUUCUAUGUAAACGAUGAGUGUGCAGAAACAGCCUCGCUGUUAAUUAAUGAACUAGAAAGUUUAACUAAAAAUGGUCCCAACAGUGGUGACAUAGUCGCCCAACCGGUUGACUCUUUUGUUGAUACAUUGGCUAAAAUUGGGAUUAAAAACGUUACUGUUUCGAAGAGUGCUUCUAAGGGAAUAGAUUCUAAUGUCCACAGUGACGGUAAAAAUAUAGAACCAAGUGAGCUGAUGAGUACUCCUAGUAAUAGUAUCGAUAAACAGAAAUCCUUAGAAAACGGUGGUAGAUCGGUAAAUGUUCAAGAUCUUUUUGCUCAAGCAGCGUCAUUAGCACAAGGAGCUAAUGUCUCACAAUCUUCAAUACCUGACUCUCGACACACACCACGAGCUAUGUCUCGAAAUCAAUUUGCUCCAAUAAAUUUAAUCUACGAUUUGGAAAGAGCGAAAAACGAUGAAACAGGCGAACCUCUUGCUCCUAGCGAUACCCUUGAAGAUGAAAUGUUAACUCCAGCAAUGAUAAAAGAAAGAUCAAAAGACAAAUCUCUCCUUCGAGACAACGAAAAACAAAAUACUGGAAUUCUUACAAGUUCAAAUGAUCUAGUCCCUCCAAUCGAUGACCUUUACAUCUAUGGACAAUCCAGUAAACCACUUUCCAAUAAUCCAGACCAUUCUAGACUUCAAUUAUCAGCAUCUACCAGCCGUUCGCUCCAACAAUCGAACGUUUAUGAUCCUCAAUUACCAACUGACCAGUUGAAAAAUGUACUCAUCCAUCUCAUUCAAACUGAUCCUGAAUUCGUCGCAAAAAUUCGUGCUGCUCUCAUAGCUACACAGCACCAAGCAUCCUAUCCAUAAGAAAGUAUUGGUCUAACCUGGGCACUCGAGAAAUACAUCAGCUUUUCACUUCUCUCUAUUUUCACCAUCGCCGCUACAUUUUAGUGUUAAAAACAAGAAACAACCUUUUGAUGCCAUAAAAACUUUGACCGCGCAUACCAUUUGAUUUUUUUUCUAAUUGUCUCUAGGUUUGAUUGGAAAAUUAUAAUUUUUUCCUCUUUGCCCACCUCCACAUAUUGUUAUCAAACUAUGAGUAUCAAUUUUGAUCCCUUAAAGUAUAUAAUUAGCUCUUUCAGGUAAAUUUAACUAUUUUUGAAUUUACUAGAUCUUCGAUUUUCUUGAAAUCUCUUAUUUCCCUAACAAACUACUUCAAUGUUAAAUAAUAAUUUUCCUACAAAAGACAAGGAAAACUAUUUGAGGUGUUUCACUCGGAAAUAAGUUAAGGCAGAUUAAGUGAAACAUUCAGAAGUCUAAACCCUAUUUCACUGUGAAAUUAAAUUCACACAGAAAUCAAAGAAUAAAUCAAACUUCGUUAUUCCUUACUUUUUCAAUUAUUUGAAAAGUCAUGAUGUAAAUCAUAAUCUGUCCAAGGAUCAUCAAUAAAAAAUCAUCGUGCUCAUCAAAAA